AUGCCUGAAGUCGUCAAAAAGGCAAACACAAGUACAACACCAAAAAAGGCCGUACAAAAGGUACCAGAAGUCUUAUUAAAGAAACGAAAACUCUAUGCUGAUCUUAAAGCGCGUCGACUUCGUGCUCAAGUUCAAGCCGUUAAAGAUAAGAAAUAUAAACGUUUACUUAUAUUCAAACGUGCUGAAAAAUAUGCAAGCGAAUAUAAAAAAAAAGAACGUGAUUUAAUUCGCCUUAAACGUUCAGCUAAAAUCCGUAAUAACUAUCAUGUUGAUGCUGAACCAGCCCUUGCUUUUGUUAUGCGAAUCCGUGGUAUUCGUGGUGUUCAUCCACGAGUUAAACAGGUUCUUCGUCUAUUUCGUUUACGUCAAAUAAACAAUGGUGUCUUUGUUAAACUUAAUAAAGCUACUAUUCAAAUGUUACGUAUUGCUGAGCCAUACAUCGCAUGGGGUUAUCCAAAUUUGAAAUCCGUUCGUGAACUUAUCUAUAAACGAGGAUUCGGAAAAGUCAACAAACAACGUAUUCCAUUAUCUGAUAAUAGUGUUAUUGAAAGAAAUCUCGGUAAACAAAAUAUCAUCUGUAUGGAAGAUCUUGUCCAUGAAAUUUUUACAGUUGGAGAUAGCUUUAAAAAGGCUUCAAACUUUCUCUGGCCAUUCAAACUUAACAACCCAAAGGGUGGUUGGCGAAAGAAAGCUAAUCACUUUGCUGAUGGAGGUGAUUUUGGAAACCGUGAACAAUAUAUAAAUCGAUUGUUGCGUAAAAUGAUAGAACCUUGCAACCCUUAUAGCCAAGGUUGUCAGAUCACAAAUUCAAAAAUUGAAAAAGUUUUUCUUAAAAUCGGAAGAUCUGACGACCCUGAUGCAUACACUGCUAGUGUUCUUCUUGGACGUGAUACGAUAUAUGCUGCGAAUCAGGCAAGCUAUUCAAACAGUUCUGGUUCGCAUCAGUAUGCUAUUGACAGCAGUGAUUUCAAUAAUGAUGAUGUGCUUGAUCUCAUGAUUGUAAAUUCAGUACACGCAACUAUUGGCAUGCGUUCAGGACAUGACAAUGGUACUUUCAUCGAAGAGAGCAAAUAUCCUGCGGAGAAUGACUCAAGUCCUCAAUCCGUGGUUGCAGGAGGUUUCAACAUGGACUACCAAAUGGAUAUUGCUAAUACCUAG